UGGGAAUCGUAGUCCAUGAGCACCCGGCGGGCCGGAGUUGGGCACCGGCACCCGGUUUGGAGCGCGGGGGGGGGGGGGCGCGCAGGCAGGCAAGGCGGGCGACCCUUGCAGGUGGCGCCGGGUCCCGUUCCCCCUCCCCCCGCCCUCCGGAGGGAGGGAGGGGGGCGGGCCCAGGCAGUCCGGCCCCCUCCAGCCAGCAUGGCCGCCGUCCUGCCCGCCCUCGCCCUCCGCCUCGCCCGCCCGCCCUGGGCAGCCGUCGGGGCGCUGCAGCCGCGCCGCUUCCUGGCCGCCGGCGUUCCGUUCCAGUAUAUUGUGGUGGAAAAGAAGGGAGUCAAACAGGACGUGGGGGUGAUCCAGCUGAACCGUCCCAAGGCCCUGAACGCGCUCUGCGAUGGCCUCAUGCAUGAAAUCAGCCAGGCCCUGGACUCUUUCGAGCAGGACCCUCACGUGGGGGCUGUCGUCAUCACUGGCAGCGAGAAAGCCUUUGCAGCUGGAGCAGAUAUCAAAGAGAUGCAAGACCAAACCUUCCAAAGGUGCUACAGCGGGAACUUUUUGGCUCAUUGGAACAGAAUUUCUACCACCCGGAAGCCGGUCAUCGCCGCCGUUAACGGAUAUGCUCUUGGAGGUGGUUGCGAACUAGCCAUGAUGUGCGACAUCAUUUAUGCUGGGGAAAAGGCCCAGUUUGGUCAACCGGAGAUCCUUCUGGGAACCAUUCCAGGUGCCGGUGGAACGCAGCGGCUGACCAGGGCGGUGGGCAAGUCAUUGGCUAUGGAGAUGAUCUUGACUGGGGAGCGCAUCUCUGCUCAAGAGGCCAAGCAGGCAGGCCUUGUCAGUAAAGUCUGCCCUGUGGAUAAGCUGCUCGACGAAGCCGUCAGCUGUGCGGAAAAGAUAGCUGGGAACUCCAAGCUGGUGGUCGCAAUGGCCAAAGACGCGGUGAAUGCAGCCUUUGAGACGACACUGGCCGAGGGUAAUAAAAGGGAGAAGAUUCUCUUCCAUGCUACGUUUGCUACAGAGGACCGGAAGGAAGGGAUGUGUGCCUUUGUGGAGAAGAGAAAGGCAAACUUUACAGACCACUGACACAGUUCUGCAGAAGGAGGACACCUGGUGCUGCUGUCAUGAAGAUGUGGGGCUUGUGGUCGCUGGCUGCCUCCCUCAAGGCCGUGGCUGGCUCUGAUCUGCACAGCGGACCUCUUCCAGAUACCACACCUCUGCCACAGGAAAGGUCCAGCUGCAAGCUGGGAAGCUGAUGUGCUUUAAUGGAACCCAGAGAGGGGAUCUGGCCGUUCCAUAGUGUGUAACUCCAGUGAUCUGUUUCAUUGGUUGGGAAAUAAUCAGAAAUCGCAAUCGUCCUGAGUUCCUGUUAAACCAGCUUUCCAGGAACAGCCUUUAUCUGAAGACGGCUUUGACGGCGUGCCUUGCGGGUGCAUUUCUACUAGUCACAGGGGAAUAAAAGUAGCAUCAUUAAAUGCAA